GACAGAACAGCCUUGCCAAGCGAGAAGAGAAACGCUCAGAAAGAAUACUAUUUAUUUUGGACUCUAAAUCGAAGAAAUCGGCGCGGCCUUCGUGCCUGUUGGUGCUCUGGUCAGCAAAUCUGGUAAUUGCAAGGCACUGUUGAAAAAACCAUGGGUGACUGCAGCGAUCUUGACCGUCAGAUUGAGCAGCUGCGGCGCUGUGAGGUCAUAAAGGAAGCAGAGGUCAAAGCACUCUGUGCCAAGGCACGGGAAAUUCUUGUGGAAGAGAGUAAUGUACAAAGAGUGGAUUCACCUGUUACAGUAUGUGGAGACAUUCAUGGACAGUUUUAUGACUUAAAAGAAUUAUUUAAAGUUGGUGGAGAUGUACCAGAUACCAACUACCUCUUUAUGGGAGACUUUGUUGACAGAGGCUUCUAUAGUGUGGAAACUUUUCUCCUACUUUUAGCACUGAAAGUUCGAUACCCAGACAGAAUCACAUUGAUCAGAGGCAAUCAUGAGUCACGACAAAUUACUCAAGUAUACGGUUUCUAUGAUGAGUGUUUAAGAAAAUAUGGAACCAUCACAGUAUGGCGAUACUGCACAGAAAUUUUUGACUACCUAUCACUGUCUGCUAUUAUUGAUGGAAAGAUUUUUUGCGUACACGGAGGUUUAUCACCAAGCAUUCAAACACUAGAUCAGAUACGUACUAUUGACCGCAAGCAGGAAGUCCCCCAUGAUGGCCCCAUGUGUGAUCUCUUAUGGUCUGACCCCGAGGAUACUCAAGGCUGGGGGGUGAGUCCACGAGGAGCAGGCUAUCUCUUUGGUUCAGAUGUUGUAGCACAAUUUAACGACACAAAUGGCAUAGACAUGAUAUGCCGAGCACAUCAGCUGGUCAUGGAAGGAUACAAAUGGCAUUUUAACAACACAGUUCUAACCGUUUGGUCAGCACCCAACUAUUGUUACAGAUGUGGUAAUGUUGCAGCUAUUUUAGAACUGGAUGAAAAUCUGAAACGGGACUUCACAAUAUUUGAGGCAGCACCGCAGGAGAGUCGAGGCAUACCAGCAAAGAAGCCUCAAGCAGACUACUUCCUUUAGGAUUUUUCUUUAGAAAAGUUGCAGUAUUGCUGUGUAGGAUAUCUGUCACUAUCAUACUGUGAAUCAACUUUAGAACCUACACUUGCUGUUUUGGCACAAGGUGCUACGAGACUUAUGGGCAUGGUAUGAUUCAUUAUUUUUUAUUUUAUUUAUUUUUUUCAUGUUUAUGUUAAUAAUUUAAUGAUUUUGACUAUCAAUAUUAUUUGUAUUUUUAUUGUUAGUAUGAAUAUUUUCAUUAAUUUGGUUAUCAUAUGAACAUCUUAUUACGUUUUUCCCCAUUCUGUUUAUUGUUGAAAUUGCUUUUGAUAAUUCUUAUUAUUAUCAUUGUUAUAAUUUUUUUCCUCUUUUUAACUUUGUUUUCUUCUCUUUUAGUAUAUUUUCAAUUAUCAUAGCUAUUAUUUUUUAUAUUUUAGUAUUAUUUUUGUUAUUACUAUUUUUAUCAGUCCUUAUUUUAUUAGAAAGUCAGUAAAACCAUUUUAGGAAUUAUUGCUAUCAGAGGACCCAUCAUAAGUAAUUAUUGGGGGGAAUAUAGAUGUCACAGAUAUUCGUAAAGGUUAUUUUGGUGACAACUGAAAUAUUAAAACAUUUACUUGCUCACAUGUUACUGUCUUUUUAUGAUGAGUGAACUACAUGGAUUCUUUCCUACCUAUAUUAAUGACAUGCUUAGGAUAUGUAGUUGAAAUAUUUCAGUGUGCAUCGUAGAAUGGUGUAAGCACAGUUGUUUCUAAAUUCUCACAGUGAGAGAAUAGACAUGAAAAUGUGCAUUUUUGAAAUGAUUUCCACAUGAAAAAGACCCUUCUAGCCUAUCCUGACCAGUUGAAUCUGUAUAUAGCAGGUACGAAUAAUCAAAGGUUCAGGCCUAGGGCAAAUUGUUGGCCUGUAAUUGUAUGUAUGUACACAUGUACUCACAUGGAUGUAUGUGUUUGUGUGUGCUUGGUUGUAUGUAUGUGGGCAUGUUCCCAUCAACACUCAUUUCCAUGUUAGAUGACCUUGGAGUGCAUACUUGGUAUAUCAAAACUUGGUAGAAUUGAAAUUUGUAGGUUUUCCCCCACACACAAAAUAUGAGAUUUGGAAAGGAGGCUUUCUUGAGGUAUUUGCUAAGGUCGCUUAUGUGUUUCAAGUUUACUUAUUAACGAAAUGUAUUUCUUGUGCGGUGUUGAAUCAGACUGGAAAAGUCUUACAUUUGCUCUCAGAAGAAUACAUCCUGUCUACAGCAGUACAGUUCUAGCCAUUUUUAUACCAAGAACACUCCUCAGGUUGUUUUAGGUGUCACUGGGAAACAAUGUGACAUGAACUCCUUAUGAGUCAGUUUGGUGCACUGAGGUGAAGCUUCACCAGAAGUGACUCAUCUUUUACUGUCAUCUGUACAUGAAGCAUAGUCCAUUAUUCAUCCAGGGUCCUUGAUUGUCAUAGGUCAUUGCAAUUUUUUGCAAACAUGAAAUGUGAAUGCAUUAUCUUUAGAAAAUUAUUUGAAAACUUUCUUUCCCUCCAUUUUAUUAUCAGAUGUGCAGAUUUGUGCAGAAAAGUAUAUAUAUGUAUAUAUCCACUUCUUCAGAAGUCUUGAUUCUUUUUCAGUGAAGCUACUUUAAAGAAAGCAGAAAAAAUCACCAAGACUCAGGUGUUACAAACUGACUGUCCUAAAUCAUUUACGUUGUUCAUACUGAGUAAUGUUGCCUGCACUGUCUAGAGACUGAGGGUCAUUUUGAACACAUGACUAAGUAUCAGCUGCAGUGUAUCCCAUUCAACCAAACUACUCAUGAAUCAUUACAGAUAUUGAAGUAUCUCAGUGGCUUGUAUCAGAUGGUUCUGUUUCAGUCUUCUGGCAGUGUUGGAAGUGGAUUGAAAGCCUAACGCAUUAUGUUGGUCACUUUCCAUCUUGAAACACUGAUUUGGGGGGAAAGCAGAUAAGUAAAGAUUUUCUUAUGAUUAAUGUUGAUAUAUUGUGUAUGAAAAUAUUCAGAGGAAAAUGAAAAGAAUCCAAGCAUGUAGUUUGAAAAACUGUGCAGACUUUGUUGAGCAAUUGGGAAAGAGUUCCUGAAAAUAUUCUGACUUCUUGUCAAUAUCUACAUAUGUAAUUAUCUACAGCUGUAGGCAGUAAAAUUUGGUGGAAAUUG